AUGGCUUAUUUGCCCUCACACCCAAGAGUCCUUUUAGCUGAUGCUGAGAAAACCCUUUCACCCGAGAUUGAGUUUUUCAGCUCUGUUGGGCUCUCAAGGGUGGACCUUGCUAGAGUUCUUAGUUUUAAUCCACAUCUGUUGUCAAGAAGCUUGGAGAAUCAGAUUGUGCCCUCUUAUAAUUUCCUCAGGAAUAUGAUUUCCCAGGAGAAUGUUGUGGCGGUUUUGAAGCGCAAGUCUUGGAUGUUCUUGGAGAAUCAUUCCAUGAAUGUGAUUCCCAAUAUUGAGGCUUUGAGAGAGAGUUGGCUUGUGAAUGAGGUCAAGGAAAUGGGAUUUGAUUUGAAGAAGUCAACUUUUGUUGUUGCACUGAGAGCAUUGUGUGGGAAGAGCAGUAGGGCCAUAUGGAAUCGAAAUCACGAGAUUUACAAGAGGAGUUGGGGUUGGUCUGAUGAUGAUGUUAUCUCUGCUUUUAGGAAGAGCCCUCAGUGUAUGAUUUUGUCUGAGAAGAAGAUUAUGCAGACAAUGGAUUUUCUGUUUGGAGAAUAG